AUGAUUCAAAAUUCUCGACUGAAUGAACUAUAUAGUACCGAUUCAAAUGAUCAACUUUUUCGACUUAUUCUUCUCUUGGUUGAACCAAAUAUAGAUGAAGUACGUAAUAUAAAAUCAAAGUCUGAUCAAAUUAUCUAUCAACAAAUUCAACAUAAAAUAUCUCUCAUAGAUCAAUCAGCAAAAAUGAUUGAACAUUUAACGUGUAGAACUAAAUCUGAUAUUGAUUAUGUUCAAUUUCGUUUACGCCUACUACAAUAUUCGCCUAAUCAACGUCUGACAGCAUUAAAUACAUUAAAAUAUCAAUAUUAUGAUGAAAUUCGUGAAAAAAUAUCGCUACUAUAG